UUUGUUCUCGCCACGCGAUAACAAAGAAGUCGAGGAGGAGACACUGUGUUCGAGAGAGACUAAUGUUAGAUGGCAUAAUAAAGACAACCUGAAGGACCUGAGAGUCAUCAUUCGCACAAAGUGUCAGCAAGGUCAUCUGGCUGAGGGAUGGUUCCCUCUUUUCCUGCCUUCAAUCCAUGAUGGAGCUGUCAUAAUGGCUGAAAAAACACUGUAGGACCUUUUGAAGAAUGAACUUUCCAAACCAAUGGAUUGUUUUGAAGGGCAAAGCUGUCAGAGACCAAACAUUAUCACCAACAGUAAAAUCCUUUGGCCUUUCGUCAGUUCAAGGUUUCUGCUUCAGAAGGUAAAGCCAGCUGUGACUUUUUGAGGAGCUGAACUACUGAAGAGUUUUCUCUUCAGCAAAGUUUAAUCAAGUCAUUUUUUGGCAGCUUAGUAUCAAACCACCUGAAACACACAUCAGCUACUGGAGGUGACAUGGCUAGAAGUGGAAAUGGAAGCACUGCGAGCAGUAAUCGAUACGAAGUCAAAAAUGGAUGGAAGCUAUCACUCUCAGUCUUCAUAGGCAUGCUUUUCAAUGUCAUUCUAUGCUUGGCCCUCCUAAUUCCUUCAAUGAUCAGUGAGCCUGUCUAGCAAAGCCUGUUUUUGUUGCUUUCAAAAACCUUGAAUAACAUUUUCCAAAGUCAAUUUGUCCAGCUACUUUCGGUCACAUAAAUAACAUAUUAAGGAAAACAAACAAUAAAAAAGACCCUAUAAGUUGGAGUAAACACUACGAAGAAUCAGAAUUACUGACAAUGCCACAGUGCAAACAGUUACUCUGCAGGUGGUACAACUCCUAUAUGCUCUCUGACCUGCCCUGUGUUUGGCAGAUAACUUCAGAUUGAUUUCUGAUCCCAUGGAUUAACUUUCAAGCUCUUUCACAAAGACCUUUAAGCGUGUCCUUUUGGAGUUUUAUUUCAGAUAAAACUACAACAGAAAACCUUCUCUUGUUUGCAUGAAUCUUUUAAAUUACAUGUAGACACAGGAAGGAUUGUUUUUCUUUUUUUUUUUUUUAAAUCAAAAUGGCUCCUUCAUGGACAUCAGGAGUUUGGACACUACUGGCAGCACUAACUCUACUUAGCUGCAAUAUUUUUACCUGGUGUGAAGCCUCAAGGACUAGUGGCACAACAACUUCAGGAGAAAGAGACCAAGAGCAAGGACCCUCAUCACUUGAACGUGUAAAGAGAGGAUGGGUGUGGAACCAGUUCUUUGUUGUGGAGGAGUAUACAGGAACAGAGCCUCUAUAUGUAGGAAAGAUCCAUACAGACUCUGAUGAUGGUGAGGGCAACAUCAAAUAUACUAUCUCUGGAGAAGGAGCUGGAUCCAUCUUCAUCAUUGAUGAGCUUACAGGAGACAUACAUGCCACAGAGAGACUAGACCGAGAGGAAAAGGCUUUUUACACUCUUAGGGCUCAGGCCCGGGACCGGCUCUCUAAUGAUCCCCUUGAGCCAGAGUCAGAGUUUGUCAUCAAGGUCCAGGACAUCAAUGACAGUGAACCCAAGUUCUUGGAAGGACCCUAUAUUGGCAGCGUGGCAGAGUUGUCACCCAUAGGAACGUCUGUCAUGAAGGUUACUGCAUCUGAUGCUGAUGACCCAACAUAUGGCAGCAGUGCCAGAGUGGUGUACAGUGUACUGGAUGGAGAAAAGUUUUUCACUGUUGAUAAAAACAAAGGAAUCAUCAUGACAGCAGUGGCAGAUUUGGAUCGUGAGACACAGGAUCGUUACGAGUUGGUCGUCAAGGCAACAGACAUGGCAGGACAAAUGGGUGGUCUCUCUGGCUCCACCACAGUGACCAUAGUGAUCACGGACGUUAAUGACAACCCACCACGCUUUCCACAGAAAAUGUACCAGUUUUCCGUGUCAGAGGGGGCUGCUGUCGGGACACCAGUUGGACGCGUCAUUGCCACAGAUGCAGACAUGGGAGAGAACACAGACAUGAGCUAUCUGAUCACAGAUGGAGGGGAGCUCUUCAAAGUCACUACAGAUAUGGAGACACAGGAAGCUGUUGUCUCCAUCAAGAAGCCGCUGGACUUUGAGAACAAACGGACACACAAUGUUGUUGUGGAGGCGGUUAAUAAGCAUGUGGACCCUCGUUUUGUGGACCUGGGCUCUUUCCGUGACCAGACCAUUGUCCUGGUGAGCGUGUCGGACACAGAUGAGCCACCCAUCUUUUACCCAGCCGAUGGCACUAUCAUGGAAGUCCAGGAGGACGCCAAAGUAGGAGCCCUAGUUGGAAUUGUUACUGCAAGGGAUCCAGAUGUGAAGAAUAAACCUGUCAGGUUCUCCAUCGAUCGGACUACAGACCAGGAGAUGAUCUUUCAUAUUGAUCCUGACUCUGGUGCCAUCACGCUGGGAAAGAUUUUGGACAGAGAGACUGCAGGCUGGCACAAUAUCACUGUGAAGGCUGUAGAAGCAGAUAACCGCACAAUGGCAUCCCAAACAUCAGUGAGCAUUCGGAUACUUGAUGUGAAUGACAAUCCACCUGAACUGGCCACACCAUAUGAAGCCUCAAUAUGCGAAGAUGCCAAGCCAGGUCAGUUAAUUCACACCAUCAGUGUGGUGGAUAGGGACGAGCCACAGUCUGGACAUCGUUUCUACUUCAAUCUUGCCCCUGAAGCCUCCAGCAAUCGGUACUUCUCCCUGUUGGAUUUGAAAGACAACACAGCUGGCAUCCGGACUCAGCGGUCAGGCUUUAACCGCCAUGAGCAGAACGUGUACUUCCUGCCUAUUCUAGUGGUUGACAGUGGGCCUCCCUCCCUCAGCUCCACAGGCACCCUGACCAUUCGUGUUUGCGGCUGUGACACAGAUGGAGCCAUCCAGUCCUGCAAUGCCACAGCCUAUGUAAUGAGUGCAGCUCUCAGUCCUGGGGCACUUAUAGCAUUACUGGUGUGCAUGCUUAUACUAAUAGUUCUUGUUUUGCUGAUUCUAACCCUGAAACGCCACAGGAAGGGCCAGAGGAUGACAGAGGACGAGGAGGACAUGAGGGAUAACGUCAUCAAGUACAACGAUGAGGGUGGAGGGGAGCAGGACACUCAGGCAUAUGACAUGAGUGCUCUGAGGAACCUCUAUGACUUUCCAGAGGCCAAGAGCUGUGACUCUGGCCCAGACAUCCGCUCACUGCCACAGUGGAUACAAGCUAAACGAGUGGGUGGCAGUGGCGCAGAGGCAGCUGCUGCGGCAGCAACAGACUUUUCCCUUUUCAAAGGCUACAUUCGAAAGAAGGUGGAGCAGGCUGAUGCUGACCUGUCAGUGCCACCAUAUGACUCCUUCCAGACAUACGCCUUUGAGGGCACCAGUUCACCGGCGCUUUCGCUAAGUUCCAUUCAUACACUGUCCACCACCUCAGAACAGGAUUUCUCCUAUCUCAGCGAAUGGGGACCACGCUUCAGGCAACUGGCAGGCUACUACGCACCAGGAAACCCUGAGGAGGAAAGGUCCUAGCACAGCUUCUUCUCAGCAGAGACACUUUUAAACACCCUCUUCUUCCUCCUACUUAUCUCUCUCCCCUUCUCACCCUCUGGCAGGCUACUGAGAUCAGAGCCAGUCUAUGUACUCAUUAAAGUCAGAGUACCACCUCUUUAUCUCUUUAGCAAAAUUCCCAGUCUCAGACUUUGAACUCCUUUGAGAAAAC